AUGUAUGAUGAUCCUGUUUACCUGUGGGUGAGAGCUCAGGACGGCUGGGAUUUUCUCAGUAAUGUCAGAGACUGUGGCGCCAGGAAAACACAGGCGUGGUCUUUUUUUUCUUUGACGUUUGGGGGCUGGGGGGAGUUGGGCAGUGGUGGUUUGCAUAGAAGAGAGGAUGCUCCUCCUUCAAGCUUCAAUAAGCAGCGUCACACUGCAACAGUCUGUCUGUCACUGCUGGGACUGACAUCGAGCGGCUGCAUGAGGUUGACCCUGGAGCCUGAACAUCGACUGAUGACACAAGAGAACAACCACUACCAGGAGACGCUGGACAUUCUGGAGGACAGGAAGCCAGAGAUGAAGAGUAAUGAAGAGGAAGAGCACGGCAAUCAGGAGGAGAGUCAGCUGAAGAAACCUCGCAGGAAGGACACACCUGUCCUCAGCUGUCCUCCACAAAUACCAGGUGCAACACUGCUGAGGACGCAGAAGCAGAUCGUCCACUUAGAGGAUGAGGAGAAAGAUGUGAAGGAUUAAACAUUUAUUUAUUUGUCUUCAUUUGGUUUUGGUCUGUUUAUGUUUUUAUGUUCACAGGCAAAUAAAUCUUGCUUAGACCAAACA